UUGGUGCCAUCUAGUGGUUUAAAUUGAAAGUUGCAAAUAUAUUAAAGGUGCUUCUGCUUUGACAUGGUUCCUGCUUGUCUGCCCUUUUUUUUAUCUACUCGAGAAGUGUUUGCCUUUUUGUUUUUCCAUCAUUUGGUCAGUAUGGCUUCAAUAAAGGAAAGAGCUGCCGCGUUGAACCUUGCAGAGAAACUGCGUGUGCGUCCUCAAGCUCGUGGAGUUGCCAGUAAACCAGUACAGUCUUCUACCCUGUGGAGUGGCCUGAUCUCGCACCUCAGGUCUUGUGUGACGGUGAAGCGUCGACGAGUACACCUCAAGUCCCACAGUGACUGUUUCCUCGGCUCAGAGGCUGUUGAUGUGGCGACAGAUUAUAUUAACCACGUCAAGGGCGUAGAGGGUGUCAGAGUGUCACGGGACGAAGUGGUGUGUGUGUGCCAGGCCCUAUUGGACUGUAACGUGUUUGAGGCAGUGGGAACCAAAGUGUUUGGAAAAGACAAGAAGCAGGAUGCCUUUCAGGACAGCAAGAGUGCUCUUUACAGAUUUGUAAAUGUGCACAUGCCUUCAGUUGAUGAGCUGGAGAGAUGUGUGCUUGUGAAUGGGAUCCAAAAACUCUUCUGCAGUGCUCAUUCAGACAGGCAGGAAGAGCAGACAUUUUCCACUGCGUCGCAUGUUCACAUGUCCAACCCUGUCAAAUUCACUCAGAUAUCCACAAAAGCAAACAUUCAGCUGGACACUCAUGUCACCGCCGGAUUGUCAUUAGAGGCUGUGGUCGACAAUCUGCAUCUGAGUCCCAGCAGAGUGCAUACUGACUCUGUUUUACCACAAUCAUUGGUUGAUGAGGUGUGGCAGGAACAGACUCUGAUCAGGCUGCUAAACCUGGUGGAGCUCCCCCUACUGGAAGGGGUACUUCAGUGCAGCCAGACUGCAUCGUCUCCUCUUCCAUCACACCUGCUGGCUCACCGCAACCCACACCUGAUCUACAACAGCAACCAGCUGGACAGAAAGAUCCUCAAGGCCUUCAGGGAGACACAGUUCUGGUAUUCCUCUUUAUAUCUCAGGGAGGAUGAAUGGCUUUGUGCAGCUCUGGCCUGCCUGGACUUCCUCUCUGACCAGCCAGUUGUGGAGCUGAGCAGGGAGCUGCCUCACUGUUUCCCUCAAGACCAGGAGAGCUGUGACCAAGUCCCAGCUGGUAGCAGCAUCAAAGAUGAAGGCUUCAAAAGUGAUGAGCCUCAUCUAUUCCAAAGUGGGUUGACCCAGUGUAAGCUGCUGGUGUAUAGGACCCUGGUGAAACACUACAGCCACAAAGACAAACCUCCACUGCUGCCACAGCACAUGGCUGACAUCUAUACAGCCAUCACUGACCUGCUGGUGAAUGCCAAGUUAGACAAGGCUCUUGAGGCUCUACAGCUGUGCUUGAAGUUGCUGCCACCCAGCUGCAGAGAUGAGCUGUACAGACUGCUUACAUUCAUGUCUCUGGCAGCUGAUCCACAAGGGAUAAAACUGGAUAAAGAGAUGGAAAACAGAUUAGCAGUGAAGAGGUCUUUCUCCAGAGCAGUCGUCUCUAGUAAGGCUCUUUCAAAGGAGAAAGAGGACCUGAUUGUGGUCUUCAUGCUCAGCAACAUAAAAGAAAUCUUCAAGAUACCAGGGGCUCUGCACAAAGGAGUGAGUGACAAGCUCGCCAACCUUGUACAGGGGAGGCAACCCAAUAUGACAGACUCUAUGUUAUGUCAGCAGGUUUCCAGCAGGAGUUACACUGACUCUACAAAGAGAACCACCAACCGGGAACUGUGGACUCUGCUAAACAGCAUCCACAUGGAUACAAAGAUCUCAGCCAAGGAGAGAAAGCGCCUACUUGGACAGUUUUACCAAGCCCACCCAGAGAUAUUUAACCAGUACUUUGGUGACUCUGCUGUUAGUGUGCUGUAGAUUUGUGAAGCCAGUUAUAUAGGCACUUAGCCUCUGUCUCUGAUAUCUUCUACAGUGAGUUUCACCAGUAGCUACAGAGGAGUUUUUGACUUUUCCAUUUUUGCUUAAUAGUUGGACAGUUAGACACAAGCUAACUGAUUCAAAAAAUUGUUUGUGACUGACAUUAAAUCUUAGAUAUACAUGGGAAAGAUACCUACAGCAUAAGAUUGCAAUUGUAUGUGUGUAUUUGUUUUAUUAUUGAAAAAAAUAAACAGUUGGUAUAUUC